AUGGACCCAGACAGGAGUGGAGGAGGCUCAAGGGAGCCAGAACUCAGAAUUGUCCUUGUGGGGAAAACAGGAGCUGGGAAAAGUGCAACAGGAAACACCCUCCUGGGCAGGAGAGAGUUUGAGUCCAAGGCUUCAGGAGGGUCAGUCACCAAGGUCUGCAAGAAAGCCAGAACCAGAUGGAAAGGGAGGGACAUUGCUGUUGUUGAUACUCCAGGCAUUUUUGACACUGAGACUGAGGAGAAAAAAAAUUUGGAAGAAAUAGCUCGCUUCAUGACAGUAUCCUCUCCAGGCCCACAUGCAAUACUCCUGGUGUUGAAAGUGGGUCCUUUCACCCAGGAGGAGAAGGCAGCCAUUGAACGGCUUUAUCUUAUUCUUGGAGCAGAAGCAGUGAAGUUUCUAAUCAUUUUAUUCACUCGUAAAGAAGACCUGGGAGAAGAAAGUGUAGGGGAGUAUGUAAGAACCAUUGAUGACUCUUAUUUCAAGGAGCUGUUGGAGAAGUGUGAAAACCGAUGCUGUGCAUUUAACAAUAAAGCUAGUGGAGUCCAGAGAGAUGCCCAAGUUUCAGAGCUUAUGGCCAUGAUUGGGGAGAUGGUGCAAGCUAACGGAGGUACCCACUACACCAACGACACAUAUAAAUCUGUGGAAGAUAUCCUCCAGAAGAACACAGAGGGUCGUCAACAACACUACAAGGAGCAGUUUGAGUGGGAGAGAGAAAAAUUGGAACGGAAAUAUAAGAAGGUGUUUGAAGAAUUGAAGAAGGAAAAAGAAGAGUUCAAAAAGGAAAAAGAACAGGAAAAAAGGGGAAGAGAAGAAUGGGAGAAGAAAAAGAAGUUCUAUGAGCAUAUGAAGAAAAAAGAGGAAGAAGACGCAAGGAAGAAGUAUGAGGAAAAUUGUGAACAUGCCCGAAGUGAGGCUGAGAAUGAUGAGAGUACAGUUGGGAUAGUUUUAAAGUUGCUACAGGUUCUACUACCUGUGUUGGUUUUUGGGGCUCAAAUUUUAAAGAAGCUCCUUUGA